GGGGGCUGAGCAUCUCAUUCAAACCCAGCGGGCUGAGGAGGCGGGAGGCGGGAGCCUACGAACCUCAGCCCUCCCGGUGCCUGGCCCAGCUAAAGGCCUCCGCACCCCUACAAAGCCUUAUCUCCCCAAUCCCCCGGGACUGGGAAACUGGGACUGGGAUCGGGCAGGCCGGUGCUCGAUCCAGUAGCUGGGGAUGCUCUGGGCAGCUAGUAGGGCAGAGGAGACUGGCGACGUGUGAGGGCGCGGGAGACGACGGAAAUCGGGCUAGUGGACGAGAGGGCCACAGCUCCGCUGCUGGGAGCGCUACCACAUCCAUCCCACGGGAGCAGGGACUGGGCACCUCCGCACCCCGGGACUUGAAACGGCCAUGCCCGUGAAAAACAGAUACAACCUGGUAGAUGAGGGUUGCGAUUCACGGCUCCCGCUACACAGCGAAGAAGCCUUUCAGCACGGCAUCCAAUUCCAGGCCAAGUAUAUUGGGAGUUUGGAUGUGCCCAGACCCAACAGCCGCAUGGAGAUUGUAGCCACAAUGAGAAGAAUCCGGUGUGAAUUCAAAGCAAAAAACAUUAAGAAAAAGAAAGUCAGCAUCGUGGUGUCUGUUGAUGGUGUGAAAGUGAUUCUCAGGAAGAUGCAGAAGAGGAAGGAGUGGGCCUGGGAAGAAAGCAGGACACUGGUGAUGCAUGACCCUGUCUACAGAAUCUUCUAUGUGUCCCAUGACUCUCAAGACCUGAAGAUAUUCAGCUACAUUGCCAGGGAUGGGACCAAUAACUCUUUCCGGUGCAACGUAUUUAAAUCCAAGAAGAAGAGCCAGGCCAUUCGGGCAGUAAGGACAGUUGGUCAAGCCUUUGAGGUUUGCCACAAGCUGAACCUACAGCACCCUCUGCCAAGUUCUGAGGCAGCCAACCGCCAGCUUCCAGAGAAGAGGUCUCAAGCAGCUUAUCAUCUAGAGGGAAGGAAACUGAGAGAGGAAAAUGGGGCCGAUGGUGACUCUGAUAGAGCUAUUCUGAGAGAGCAGGCCAGCCAAGCCAAGCUGGAAAAGGAAGGACCCAGAGAGGUAUGUCGCUGUGUCCAGGACGUUGGAGCAGGCUCUGCCCAUCCUGCCAGUACCCAGCCAUGGUCACCUUUGAGAAGCCUGGAAUCCUCUUCCAAGUCAUCAGUCAUGCCAGUAACACCCCUAUUGACUCCACAUUGUACUCGGCUCCUCCAUCAUCAGCUUCUCCAACAAUGGCAGCAGGCCCAGGUAGCCACUGCCCAGGUACAGCUUCUCACAGAUCAGCUGGCUGCAGAAACAGCUGCCAGAGUGGAGGCCCAGGCCAGGAUUCGCCAGUUGCUGUUGACCAACCGGGAUCUGCUCCAGCACAUGGCUCUGCUGGGUCGGCAACUGAGGGAACUAGAGGAAAGAGCUUGGGACCGACAUAAUGGUGGUCAAUCUCUGCAGAGCUUCAGUCUUAGCUUGGACCGGGCCUCCACACUGGGUCCCAGGGCCCAACGGAGCCAGGACACUGUGGGAAAGGUUAGCCUGACUUUGAGAAGUGAGCAUCUGCCUGGGCUCAGCCAGAGAAAGGAAGACUCCAAAGAAAAUGAACAAGGAGGGAGUCCGUCCAGUAUCACAACCAAUAAAGAUAGGUUGUUGAUGUCACCAUCCAUUCCCAAGCUUCACCCUCCACCCCCUACCCUCAAGAAGAGGUUGACCAAGACUUCCCUCAGCCUGGACUCAGAGCCUGACCUGGGACAGCCAUCCUCCUUUGGAAGCCCAGAUUCAGUGAGCAAUGACACCCUGGAGGAGGUCAAAGCUGGGGCCACUCAGUGGCGCCUCUCAGCCGCAACUUCCCCACCUGGAGCCAAUGACACGAUCCUGCACAUCAGUUUCUCUGAUGAGGAUGAGGAGGAUCCAGCCAUCGAGGCUCACAUUCCUGCAUAAACCCACCCCAACCCCCUGGCUUUUCUCCUCCUUUUCCUUCUUCCUUUUCCUUUGGAUCCUACCAGGGAAAGGCCUCCAGAUCCACCUGGAGCUACCUACAGUGUACCUAAAUUUGAGCAUAGGGCAGAAAUAGCCUACUAUAGUGUUCACAGCACUGGACUUGGAGCCACUGACCUGGGUUCAGAUCCUGGUUCGGUUCCUAAGCCAUUGGUGUGAUGCAAGACAAGUCACUAAUAUGCCUCUGGGCCUAAAUAGCAUCAUCUGUGAUUUGAUGAGGUUAGACCAGAUUAUCGCUAAGAUCCCUCUCAGCUCUUAAUCUUAUGACCAUUCCUUCUGAAAUAUCAUGGUGUAAUGGCAGGAGCAUGGUCUUGCAGUCAGAAGAGGUAGAUUUAAACCCCAUCUCUGACACUUUAGCUAUGUGAACCUGGGCAAGUCAUUUCACCUCUUUGAGCCUCAGUUUCCUCCUCUGAAAAUGGGGAAAGAAAUCGUUGCACUACCUACCUCACAGAAAGCACUUUGUGAAUCUCAAAGUGCUCUAGAAAUGUGAGCUGUUUUUUGUUGGAGAUCAGCUCACUUCUGAGUUGCUUUACAUGUUUGUUUAUUUAAUGAGUUAACCAUAGCCUUAACCAGCUGAGCAAUUAGAAAUAAGAUGUCCCAACUUCCUACCCACCCCCAGACCUUCUGCUAAGAUUUCUUCUAGCUAAUUCUCCUUUCCGCAUGUCAAUUUCUUCAUCUAUAAAAUGAGAAUAUUAGACUAAAAUGACCUCUAAAGUCCAUUCCAGCUCUCAAUGGCAUCUUUGCUCCCAUCUAAAUGGUCUUUGCUCCCACUUUCUUCUCAGUCCUAGAAUGGGUUUCCCCCUUCCUCCAUUUUCCUCUGAUAAGGUCCUUUCCAUCCUUCAAGGUCCCAUUCAGCUCCUCCUUCCUCUGUGGAGCCUACCUUGAACAUCUCCACACCCUUUCUCUCCCCAGAAGAAAAGGAUCUUUCUCUCCCUAAAUUUUUUAGAGUUCUUUGAAGGAAGCUCUGCUCUACUCUUAUAAUAUUUUCCUCGUGUCUUAUUUAUGUGUGUCUAUGGCAUUACCUUCUCCCCUCCCCUUACAACUGUGAGUUCUAGAAGUGCUGUAACUAUUUUUACUUUCUGUUUUUGUUUUCCACAUGGAGGCAAGUAGUAAGUCAGAACCUUCAUGCUGGAAGGGACCUUAAGGGUCAUUGAAUGAAACCCUUUCAUUUUGCAGACAAGAAAACUGAAGCCCAGAAGGAGAGGUGACUUGCCUGGCAUCACACAAUGAACAAGCAUCAAAGGCAGGAUUUGAAUCCAGGUCUUCCAGACUCCAAAUCCAACACUCUCCAUUAUAUUACACUGCCUCAUGUUGCAUCGUAAAUGUCUGAGAUGGAUAGAAAUAUAAAGUUUUAUGCUCCUGGGUAUCCCAGUUCACAUUUUGUGAUCCUUGGCUGGGCUCCAUCAUGAUCAAAUGGGAGCCUGUCUCAAGCCUUUUGCAAAUUUUCAAGACCUAUAUAAAUGUGAACUUUUAUUAUUUCAUAACUUUAAGAAGGUCUCUCCCUUACUCCCUGAGAUCUGAUAAACCUCUGACUCUUGUGGAUCUAGAAAACCCCAUUCAGAAGCAUUGCUCUGUCACUCCCUAAUGCCCUUCAUAGGAAUGAAUUGAUUAAGACUUUUUCAAGAAAUAGGAAGAGAGGGGAGAGAGCAGCAGAAAGGCCCUGAACACCUGAAAUUAGGCUUGGGAUGGAGCAGAUGAAUGACAACACAGACAAAAGUUACUGAUUUCACAUUUUUGUCACAAACCAGGAAUAUAAUCCAUAUAUGAUAUAGAGUCCCCACGACUAUACCUAUCUCCAGUUUUUAAAGCACUUUCCUUUAUAAGGAAAAGAAUGCCAGUGUCAUUGUUGGUAUUUUACAGAUGAAGAAACUGAGACCAAGUAAAGGGAUAUGAGUUGCUCAAUCUUACACAAGUAAAAAGUUCCAGAGCUGGGACUCAGUGUGGGUCUUCUAGCUCUCUAACUCAUUCCACUACCUGCCACAGCCCUUUAAUACUGGGGACUUCUCACCCCAACCCCCCAGCUUGGGCACUCUGGGCUGUUGCUUGCAGCCCUAGAAUUCCUAUAGCUUAUCCUCCCUCUGGAAUGUAAAUCCUCGAGGAGAGGUGAUCGGUAACUAAAUAAGUCAGAACCCAGCAAAGAUUAUCUUUACCCAUCCUGUGGCGUCUGUCCCAGUGUCCCAUAUACUAACCCUAAGAAUGUGAGAGAUUCCUCCUUUUCCUUACUCCUAGAUCAAUAUCCCAUAAUUCCUUGUCAAGAGCAAGAAUGUAGAAUGAGUAUGGCAGAAUUAGAUUGUAUAAACUUUUCAAGAGGAAAGAUAAAAAAAUAGUAGAAAUGGAAUGGGUUUGGAAGUGGAGAGAAAUGAAUGUCCUGAGUCUGUUCCUAGAUCAAUAACUGUGAUUUGGGAAAAGGAAUUGGGAAAGAGUGGCAAAGGAUAUAUAAGAGAGAUCCAAGUUUUUAUUGAUGCAAGAUAAUGGAAGGAGCAGAAGAAAAUUUUGAGGUUAAGGAGAAAUUCAUAUUUCCAAAGUGGUUUUAAGGGACCCAGUAAAAAGGAAUGGGAGAGUAAUCAACAAAGAAGGAAGUAAUCAACAAAGCUACAGUUAUGUAGCUACUUAUCUAGGAAUAGAAAAAAAGAUAGUGAAAGAGCAAACAUAUAUUCAUGAUGCUUUCUUUCUUUUAUGGAAAUUCAAAGAAUUUUUGACUUCUUAAUUCCUUUAUCUGUUCACAGGUGAAGGGAUGUACACAAUGGAUCUGAAAUUAGAAGAUGUGUUUUAAAUCCUAGAUUCCAAUGCUGGCCCUGUUACUCUAGAUAAGUCACUUCAUCCUUCCAAGCCUCACAUAUAUAUAAUUAACAAUCACCCAUGUCUGUAUACUGUGUUGUAGUGGGACGAGCAUAAGGCUUGAAGACAUAAGAUAUAGGUGCAAAUUCUGUCAGUCGUUAGCUGUGAUACCCUGGCAAGUUCUGAGCUUUGGGAAUAAUAAUCCUCUUCCUGAGAGUAUGAACUCUUGUCUUUUCUCUGUAUCUCCAAUGCAUAGCUCAGGGCCUAGUACUUAGUAAGCAUUUAAUAAAUCCUCAUGGAUUGAUUGAAAGUGUUCAUAACUCACAAAAGGAGAGGAGUUCUUGAUCAGGCAUCAGUGAAUUUUAAAAAUAUUUUGAUAGCUUUAUUUCAACAUAAAUUACUUCCUUAGUAAUCCUAUAUAUUUUUUAUUCACUUAAAAACAUUAUUUUAAGGAGAGGUCCAUAGAUUUCAUCAGGGAUCUAAGAUGCAAGAACCCCUGACACAAGAGUCAUGAAUAAUAAUUCAUUAUAAUAAUCCAUAUGAUAAUAUGGCACUUUAUUCUUAUAAAGUGCUUUGAACCAGAGUACUUCAUCUGUUCUUAAUAAUAGCCCAAGCAGAGAAACAGGACAGUAAUUGUUUAUAACACAUUUUAUGCUAUAACAAUAAUUCCUGUCCUGUUGCUCAAGGUCAAUAAAUCAAUGACAGUCAGAAUUAGAACCCUGACUUUCAGUUCAGGACGUGUUGCUGUAGGAUUCAGAAAUUUGGAGGUGAAAGGAGAGCUGUGAACCAAAAUCAAGGAAGAAUAAUAGGUUGGUUGGUUGGUUGGUUAGUUGGUUGGGUCAAACUCAGUAAGCCCAAAUGGUCUGGUCUCCUACUGCCACCUUGUGGUUAUCUGAAGGAUUGCCAUACAGUAACUACUCAUUCCCUAAUCUGGAGCUCUUGUACAGUGGCUCCCAGAAUGGAGGAGAGGUCUCAUGGCUGAAUUCUACCAUUGUCUCCAAACUAGCAUCCUGUAUCUCAGGAUAUGCUACAGCAGGACACCUAGGAAAUUAACCUUGACUUUCUGGAAGAUCAGAAAUGGGAAGAAACUUUUUUUUUUUUACUUUUUGAAGAAAAGGUCACUGAAUUUGAAUCAAGAAAUUUGGGUCCAAAUAUCAUUUCUUCUACUCACUGUGUGACCUUGAACAAAAUAUUUAACCUCUGUUGACUUUAAUUUCUUCAUCUGUAAAAUGAGGGUGUGGAUUAGAUAAUCUUUAGAUGAUCUUCUAGCCCUCAAUCCGAUAAUGAUUCUAUGAAUUAUGACUGUUCCUUAGCAUCUCCUUAGCACCUUUAGAAAUUUUGAACAAGUCCCUUCUCUGCAUGUCUUUAUUCAUUCAUCUGUAAAAUAGGAUAGUGAUAUUUACUCUUCCUACCGGGGCCCUUGCAAGGAUGAAGUGAGAUAAUUAAACUGUGACAUGCUAGAGAAAUGCCAGCUAUUACAUAUUCUCUCAUACACACAAGAUCAUAAAUUUAGGGUUGAAAGAUUUAAAGGGCUUUAAAGCUCAUUAAUUCUAAGCCCCCUCAUUUCACAAAUGAAAGAACUGAGACUCAAAGAUAGGAAGUACCUUGUCCAAAGUUAUGGUAAAUGGCGGAAUUUUGAUUCUAGCUUAGGUUCCCUGACACUGAAUCCAAUGCACCUUCCACUGUACUAAGCUGAAUCCUUAAUUCUCUAUGAGUUGUGCCAGAGAGGUGAUACCAACCUUCUCUAUCUUGUAUUGUACAACUUUAUUAUUUUAUUUCAUUCAACAAACAUUUAUUAAGCAAUGACAGUGUAUAGAGAGCUAUAUAAAGUUUAGAUAAAAAUGAGCCCCAAUUCACUUUGGUAUGUAGCCUACUAGGAAGGGAUAGUAUAUAAAGAGAUAUCCUCUAAAACCUACUGUUAUAGUAACCUGCAUUAGAGAGGUCUAAAACAAAGUACUGUGAGUAUAUAAGUUAAUGUAAUUAAAAAUAAAAAUACCAAAUAAGCAAUUUAAAUAAUUUCUAGAAGACCCUUAUGCUAAUACUCAAGUGUAGCCAGACUCCUAUAGCCUGACUUUCCAUUAGUAGAUGAGCAUAAUGAGUUCAUCCCCUGGAAGAUAAUGGUAAUACGCAUUUAUUAAGUACUUGCUAUUUACAAGGCUAUUACUAUUAAGCCCUGGAGAGAACAAAGACAAAAAUUAAACUUCCCCUGCCCUUAAGAGGCUUACAUUCUACUGAGGAAGAUAAUACAGAAAAACUACUAGAAAAUAAUUUGAGAGGGAAAGAACUUUAAUUAGAGAUUUAGAAUUUCUGAAAGGAGGUGGUAACUAAGGUGAAUCUUGCAGGAAACCAAGGAUUCUAUGAAGCAGAAUUGGGGAAGAAGGGCAUUCCAGCCCUCUGAGACUGCCAACAAAAAGGCCUAGAGAUUGGAAUUCCGAGUUUGGGAAACUGCAAGUAGAAGCCAGAUGAGGUGGAACACUGAGUGUAUAAAAAGGAAGAAAUAUGAAAUGUGUCAAUAAAGUGGUCUAAAGCCAGAAUAGAGAAGUUGGAAGCUGAGAAGUUUGCAUUUUAUUCUCUAGAAAAUGGAGAAAUAUUGGAGGUUUUUUCAGUAAGGGAAUAACACGGACAGACUCAUGCUUUAGGAAGAUGAUUUUGGUACCUCCUCAGGAGGAAGAACCAGAGAGAGGAGAGACUGUGGAAGCAGGGAAACCAGUUACGCUAUUGUUAAUAGUCGAGGCAAGCAAGAGGGAUCAGGGCCUCAACUAGGGUGGGGCUGUGAAGGUGAAGGAAAUAAGUAUUUCGGAGAGGUAUAAGGAAGAGCCUGGCCUGGAGGAUAAGUAAAGGGCAAAACGUUUUUUCAUAAGAGUGAGAUGGGGUGUUAUUAUCUCCACCCUGCAGAUUAUAGACCUGAAGCUGGAGAAAUUUAAAUGAUUUCCGAGUGGUCUCACAGCUAGAGAACUUCCAGUCUUGGGGCUAGUCUGCUCUCCCAUGCUACCCCAGCCUGAGUGGAUGGGAUGGGAGGGGCAGGGAGAAAUGGCCAGCGCCAAACCCAGAAAGGUCAAAUAGGACUUGAGUUAUGAAAUGGAGUGGCUUGAGGGGGGACCACUAGCAGGGAAUCAGUGCUAAAGUGGGCAGACAAAGGCCCCACUGACAAAAUAAGAAUCAUGACUUUGUUUUAGCUUAAAGAGCUACAGAUUGAAGGCUGCUGUUUGCUGACCACUGCCCCAGGGUGGUCUCUAAUGGGCUGUACAGCUUGUCUGUGCUCUAAGACUCAGUCCCCUGAGGAUAGCUUCUGUGGGCUGGCACUCGCCUGAGAACUCAGAAGGUCAGAGCUGGACGGAGCCUGGGGAAAGUCCAAGCCCCUCCUUUUACAGACGGGGCCACUAAAUCCCACGGGUGUUUAAGCGUUACUUGUCUAAGUGUUGGAGGCAAUAUUUGAACUCUGGGGUGGUGAACCCAAACAUGUGUGCCCCUUGCACUGUGCCCAGUGCCAUGCAGUAAUUAAGUCGGCUGCGAUUAGACCCCAGCUAUAACUCUAAAUCUAGUUUUCUUCCCACUAUACUGUGUUACUUUGUACAAGCAAUAGGCUGUAUGACAGUGCCCAAGUUGCUUUUUUCCCCUUAGCCUCCCUUACUCUUCUGGUAAAUGAAUUACUGCGUUAGAAGGGCUUAGUUUCCGUGGAAGAAAUAAUUCUCCACAAGGGGCUGAGGGCCAAACUCGGAGCCCUUGAAAGGAAGUCCUAAGAAGGUCCCCAACCGGUCCCAGGGAGCUGAGGAGAGGUCUCCCAGGAAACCAAAAGGGUCUGACAAGCUCUGGAAGAAAGCUGUCUGCAACACUAGGAGUGAACACCAGGGGUCACUGCUAUCAAAGUCACGGGCGCCUAAAACCAAGAAACUUAGACUGGGUUUGGAUUGGGGAUUACUCCUCUCCUUUCCUUUAGGGAUGGAGGGGCAGAAGCUGACUCCCCACUGGAGAAUUUCUG